CGCUCCACAGUUGUUUACCAAGCGUGAACGCAGGCGGUGAUUAGGGGAUAUAGACGCAAGACCCGUGAAAUGGCACUCAAGUUUGCGGCGAAUCUGAACUUUUUGUUCACAGAGCGAGCGGUGACGAUCGCGGAGCGGAUCAGGCUGGCCCACCAGAGCGGAUUCCGGGCCGUGGAGAUCCCCUAUCCGGAGGGCGAGACGGGGGACGUGGUGGCCGCCGUCAAGGAGACGGGCAUGGUGGUCAGCCUGGUGAACCUGGCCUUCGACAAGACCGACGACCAGCUGCGCUUCGGCUCCACCAGUGUGCCGGGAUCGGAGCAGCUCUUCCGCAGCCAGCUGGACGCCACCAUUGAGUUUGCCCGCCAGGUGGACUGCGGCAAGAUCCACCUCACCGCCGGACUCUUCAAGGGCGGCCAGGAGAGCGACUACACGAGGACGUACACCUCCAAUCUGAAGAUCGCCGCCGAUAGCCUCAGGGCGAGCAAGAUGAUUGGCGUGAUUGAGCCAAUUAACAAGUACGCCGUGCCCGGCUACUAUAUGAACUCGUACGCCAAGGCCGCCGGAGUGCUGGCCGAUGUGGGUGCCGACAACAUCCGGCUGCUGGCCGAUCUCUACCAUCUGCAGCAUCUGCACGGCAAUGUGUCCAAGACGCUCGAGGAGUACAAGUCACUCAUCGGUCACUUCCAGAUUGCCCAGGUGCCGCAUCGCCACGAGCCGGACGUUUCCGGGGAGCUGGACUACGGCUACGUCUUUAAGGCCCUCCAGGAGUUCGGCUACCAGGACUGGGUGGGCUGCGAGUACAAGCCUAAGACGACGACGGUCGAGGGCUUGGGCUGGGUCAGCAAGCUGGGCUACACGCUCUGAUCAUCGCGAAGGUCACGAAAGACACUGGGGAUUGCAUUUACACACAUGUAUUUACACUUUUUACAAACAUAAAGAUGGUUGAACCAAUAUUCUCUAUUCUAAUA